AACCACCAUCAUUGUGACCACAAGACAUGAGCACCAAAUUAAGGGUAUUAGUACCAGUGAAAAGGGUGAUUGACUUUGCUAUCAAACCCAUAAUAAACAAGACCCAAACCGGUGUCGAAACCAAGGGUGUCAAGUUCAGUAUGAACCCAUUUUGUGAUAUCGCAUUGGAAGAAUCAAUUAGACUCAAAGAGAAGAAUAAGGACUUGGUAGAACUAAUUCAUGCGGUGUCAAUCGGGCCUUCGAAAGCGCAGGAUGUGUUGAGAACGGCGUUGGCCAAAGGAGCUGACUCCACCACUUUGGUGGAUGUUGGUGACGAAGAGGUAGAACCAUUAACUGUGGCCAAGAUGUUGAAGCAGAUGGUCGAGAGACAAAAUGCCAAUUUGGUAAUUUUGGGGAAGCAGGCCAUCGACGAUGAUUCCAACCAAACUGGACAAAUAUUGGCUGGCUUAUUGAACUGGCCUCAGGCUACUAAUGCUUCCAAAGUUGAGGUUGAUGGAGACUUUGUUUCUGUCACCAGAGAAGUUGAUGGUGGUGCCAACACUUUGAAGGCCAAGUUACCAAUGAUCAUCACCACUGACUUGAGAUUGAAUGAACCCCGGUACGCAUCUUUACCAAACAUCAUGAAGGCUAAGAAAAAGCCAUUGGAGAAGCUCAAGCCCCAAGAUUUGGGUAUUGAACUAGUCAAAAGAUUAGAAACCGUCAAAGUCGAGGCCCCUGCUGAAAGACCCAAGGGAAUCAUGGUUGGGUCUGUGGACGAAUUGGUCAGCAAGUUGAAGGAAAGAAAGGCCAUUUAAUGAUUUGAACUGUGUAUAGCUCCUGAUUGCGUGGUAUAGGCAAUGAAAAACGCACUUUCAGU